AUGGGUGCUCGUCCAGUUCCUGAUGCCGAGCUUAAACUCAUCGGCGAAUACGGUCUGAAGAAUAAGCGCGAGGUCUGGCGUGUUCAGUACACUCUAUCGAAGAUUCGUCGUGCCGCUCGAGUGCUACUCACUCUCGAUGAGAAAGACCCCAAACGUCUCUUCGAAGGCAACGCCCUCAUUCGCCGACUCGUUCGACAAGGCGUCUUGGACCAAUCUCGUAUGCGUCUCGAUUAUGUCUUGUCUCUGCGACCCGAGGACUUUCUUGAGCGUCGAUUGCAGACAGUCAUUUUCCGACUUGGGCUGGCUAGGUCUAUUCACCACGCUCGUGUGCUGAUCAGACAGAGACAUGUCAGAAGCAUAAUCGACUUUACGCUCAAUUCUCCCUACGGAGGAGGUCGCCCUGGUCGUGUUGCUCGGAAGAAGGCUCAGGUUGGGGCAGAAGACGGCGAAGGGGAACUCGACAUGAACGAAGAAUAA